AUGUUCGGCACAAUUGCUUUGGUCAGUAAUUUGGUACGUCAUGACCUCAAAUUUGGGGUCAUCACUGGGAUCUAUAGCAUUACUAUAACCACAGUAAUUUUGUUGAUGACGAUAGCUUCAGCUCUGCAUCACUGGUAUCGAUCGUAUUUGGAGGUCGACGAAGAUGCUCAUGAAACCAACCCGGAAUCAGAGGGUGGUGCGGACCUCCAGAUAUCAAUCCCAAAUUUGGGAUCUGAAUGCCACCGGAUGCUAAAUAGUGUGUUAAACUUUCGAUCGCUAAAAUCAAGCUGUGUUAUAUGGGGAAUUUGUGCAACUUCGACGCGAGUCUAUAUUGAUUUGGCUGCCGGUUUGGCUGCAGAGAAUAUGGGUGGCAAUCCCAAUUCCAAAGCUGGACUCAUGACUUGGUUCUUUUGGUUGUAUUGCGGAUUCCAGAUGCUACCACUACUCAGCUGCUGA